AUGGCUAUUAUUGGGAUGUUAUCUGUUAUUUGUUGUGAAAACUUGAAGGAAAUCAGCAAGGCUCACUUCAACAAUAUCCUGAUCUCGAUGAAGACCGACCGGAACACGCUGUCGGGCCGACUGGAGCUGCAGAAGCGACACCGGGACAACGCCGAGGCGAACAUGGAGUCUGAGCUGAACGGACUGAAGGCCGGGGUGGAGAAGUUGCUGACCUGCAACGCGGAUCCCAAGGUCGUGGACCUGGCUUGCAGCAUGCAGACGCAGCUCGAGGUCCUGGACCAGUCUGCGUCGCGAAUCUCCAGUGCUGCAGAGGUUUACGGACAGGUGCAACAGGAAGACAAGGUCUCGAGAAUGAUGGACAUUUUCGUCGUCGACAAAUUCGACCGGGUUGCUUACCGACGUGGAACAGCAAGGCUUUUAUCGAGCGUGAAACGAAUACACCCGGCUGACCUCGACGUCUUCGCUGUGGCCCUGUUGCGGCUCCGCUUGUACCUCAGACUCGACUUGCCUGAGAAGGCCGGGGUGGAGAAGUUGCUGACCUGCAACGCGGAUCCCAAGGUCGUGGACCUGGGAACGUCGUACGUCUGCGUCGAGCUCCAGGACCUGGUUUACGGACAGGUGCAACAGGAAGACAAGGUCUCGAGAAUGAUGGACAUUGUGAUGAUCUACGUGGAAAACCAAAAACGAAAUAACGAAAAGGAACAUGCCGAGUUGGAAGAACUGAGGAAACUGAUGACCACAAACCCCGCUGGCGACGGUGAAGACUUUUUCCCGUCGACGGGCAUGUCGUCGAGCGCUUUGAACGGAGGGAACAGCGGCGAAGACGGAAGUAGGUCCGGGCGUCUGCGCACCGUUUCCGUUGCUGCAACGGCUGCUGUGCGAAUGGUAGGACGGAGAGUUAAUCGGAAGAACGUCUACGACGUGCCGGAAAUGAAAAAUCCUGCUGCGAAGCGGCGUUACACUUUUGCCAACGGAUCUGGGAGUAGGUCCUUGUCCUUUCCGAUUGAGUCAAUUGGCAGUAAAUGGCCGGUAAAUUCUGGGGACGAGGAUCAGGACCGUGGCCUCUCCAACUCACGGUGUCAUCCAACGUCCCAGAGUUUCCUUAGCCUUUUUUCUGAGCAUCAGGCUGUCGGUUGGGACUUGAAGCAGAGAGGAGGUCACAGCAAGCCGGGCGGAAGAAGCGUGUCUGUUUCGGAUCGGUGUGGGAGUCCGGUAUUCGGUGGUUCCUCUCAUGCCGCACAUGUUUCCGGCCUGAUAAUUGCCGAGUCCUCGACGCCUGCGAUGACGACGACGAUGACUGGCGGUGACGAAACUGCAGCCAGCUGCGGAGGAGGGUUGACGACGGCAUGUAGUCCAAUUGUGGAGGAAGACCAUGUCGCAAGGGAUCGGAGCGGAAGCGGCUUUCCCGAGACGGGAGGACCCUCGUCUAAUAUGCACAGCAAUGCGUCCAGCAGUGAUGGAUCGUCUCUGAGGCAUCGCAGUGACUCUCAGCAAUCGGUGCACGCCGGUCAUCGGGAUUCUGCCCAACCUCGGAUUGGGGGUGAAGCGUCAGAGACCGUGUCCACUCUGAUGACCACGGGGGUGAAGAAUUGA